GCUUGUCACCAGCUGGAGGAGGACCCGCUGUAGGAAGUGUGUGAGUGUGUGACACGGAGUGUGAGUGAGUGUGUGUAAGCCGCGUCCUCUGCUGCGUCCUACACAAGUGUGUGUAUACACGGCCGGUGCACACAACACACAUGUCCGGGAAAGACCAGCGCGCAAUUCACACCCGGUGAGUGUGCAAGACCGGGGGCCAGGACGGCGCAAUGACAACAGGAGCCUGACAUGUUUCUUCUCCUUUAACAACUAUCAGCCAAGACACCAGCCCCAACCACCUGUCGACAAAGGGUGUCUGCCCCACAACAGCAGGAGUAGUAGUGUUGCCUUCAUGUGUAUCUCCUCUACACUUCUUUAUCAUGUCUUCUCGUGACAGACGCCCUGAUCUCUGUAUCAAGGCAGAACCAGGGACUCCAGAAAGCAUUGGACGCCGGAGCCCCAGUGGAUCUAGUGAUAGCAGUGGACACGGACCUGAACCACAGGGUCCUCGCUGCUGCCGAGGUGGUGAUGAUGAACCAGAAGAUACACCUGGAAGGGGCAAAUAUGUCCUAAACUCCAUCCCUAAAAGGCUCUGCCUGGUGUGUGGCGAUGUGGCAUCUGGAUACCACUAUGGAGUUGCUUCUUGUGAAGCUUGUAAAGCUUUCUUCAAACGCACUAUACAAGGCAAUAUCGAAUACAGCUGUCCUGCUACCAAUGAGUGUGAAAUUACCAAAAGAAGACGGAAGGCAUGCCAAGCCUGUCGAUUUACUAAGUGUCUGCGGGUGGGCAUGCUCAAGGAAGGGGUGCGUUUAGACCGUGUAAGAGGGGGUCGGCAGAAAUAUAAGAGAAGACCAGAAGGAGACAUCUUGCAAUAUACACCAGGAGCACAACCAUCCCAACAAAGUUCGACUGUAGUCAAGAAACAAGCUCCAGUGAACACUGUAGUCUCACAUCUGCUGGUGGCAGAGCCAGAUAAGCUGUUUGCUAUGCCAGACCCAUCACUUCCUGAUGGCUACUUGAAGUCUAUGAGCACAUUGUGUGACCUCGCAGAUCGAGAGAUUGUUAUUAUUAUCAGCUGGGCCAAGAACAUCCCAGGUUUUUCUUCCCUUUCUUUAUCGGACCAGAUGAGUCUCUUGCAGAGUGUCUGGAUGGAGGUUCUUCUUUUGGGAGUUGUGUUCCGCUCCCUUCCAUAUGAAGAUGAAGUUGUGUUUGCUGAGGAUUUUGUAUUGGAUGAGGAGUCCUCACAUUCUGCCCGUCUGACUGAUCUCUGCUCCUGCAUACUUCAUCUGGUACGCAAGUAUCGGGCUUUGCGUGUGGAAAGAGAGGAAUAUGUCAUGUUAAAAGCCCUCACUCUUACGAAUUCCGACUCUGUGCACAUUGAAGAUCCUGAUGCAGUUUUACGUCUUCGGGAUGCUUUGCAAGAAGCACUUAGUGAAUACGAAUCAAAUCGCCAUCCGGAGGAACCCUGUCGUGAUGGGAAGUUGCUUCUGACACUCCCAUUACUUCGCCAGACUGCUGGUAGAGUCCUUCAGCACUUCCAUGCCCUACGAGAAGAAGGAACUGUCCCUAUGCACAAGCUUUUCCUAGAAAUGCUGGAAGCCAUGAUGGAUUGAGAGAGAUAAAUAAGUGUACCAUGUACUUUCCUUGCGAUGACCCAGAGGAUGAAAGCUGGGACUACAUAAUGAAUGUAUAGGACAAGCAAUUUUAUUUUUAAUGCACAGAUUCUUCCUGUAUUGCGGUAUAGACUGCUUUGGAAGAUACUGCAGAUUUGGUGCAGGCAUGAAUGGACAUUGGCAAAUGUUUAUGUUCAUUAAUGAGCUAAGUGACAUCAAAGUGUUAGUUAUUUUUAUUUAAUUUAGUGAAGUGCUGAUAUCCUAUGGUAGGAUAAGCCAUAGAAAGUAAUGGGGGGAGUCCUUCAGUCCCUCAAACAUACUUUUGAGCCAUAACUUUAUCCCAUAAGCAAUAGGGCACAUCACAAAGUUACUGGAUGAUAACUUGGAGUUGUGUGUCCCUCUUUCUCUUUGUUCAUUGUGGUGUAUGGUUUUACACCGGUCAGUUUAUAUAUUUUUUCCUGUUAAAGAGUCUGCCCAAGUGACAAUCUCCCCAGUAUGUCGGAUUUGUAGACCAGUUUUGGAAUUUAAUGUUUAAUUGUUCAUAUACAAAGAAAAAAAACAUGUUGUUCUAUAACACUAUCAGUCAUGGCAGGUGCUAUCUGCGGGAUGUAACUUAAAGGUGCACUUUUAUUUGUUUCUUUUGCUCAUGCGUAAUACUUAAUAUGAAAAGUACUGCAAAUGGUGCUUACAUAUGGCUACGUCUUGCUGCAUUCCUUGAAUCUAUACCUAAGGUAACAGAAAAUGAGUAGGGGUUAAUGUCUGUAGAGCUUAUGUCUACUUUCAUAGUAGAUGUAGUAGAUUAUACUAUAUGUACUAUCCCACUAUAGUGUGUUCCAAAUAUCCUAAAAUAUUCAUACGAUAACUGAUAAUUUGCAAAAAUUCAUGCAAUAUUUUCCUAGAUUAAAGGAGUUUCCUACUAAAAUUAUCACCUAACCACAGAAUAGGUGAUACUUAUGUGAUUGCUGGGACCCUAAGUGGUCUCAAGAACGGUGGUCCCUGUGUGCCAUGUGUAAAUGCACUUGUAUGACCACAGCUCUCUAAUCGGACUGAGAUUGUCAAGCGUGAUCGGUCAGUCCCAUAGCAGUAAAUGGAGCAGCAGUCAUGUGAGUUUCCAUGCACAUAGGGCAGCCGCGUUGGAACCCCAGUAAUCACAUGUAGGUAACAAAUAAUUCUAGUACCUUUCUAAGGAUGUACAUUAUUUUACCACCACUUGUGGGCAGCUAAAGGUUUAUGUGGGGCCCCAACAUAGCAGUUCACCUUCCCCAACCGAGGCAUGCUGUCAGCCAAUCUCUCUUCUUAAAACAAAAAGCAAUAAGCCCUAAAUAAAGCAAGCCAAUACUUUAUUCACACAUUGUUGCAUUGCAUCAUGUUGUACUAAGCCUGUGCAGAGUGGUAUCAAUCCCCCAUGGGGUUGUAGUUGGGGCACAUAGAAAUAAGCAGACUGCCCAAUUUGUGUUUUAACAUGACAUGGUACUGAAGAGGCACUGUAGGUCUAAGCCUUCUGCCAGGUUGUUCCCCCAUAUUAGGAAUAUUACAUGAGCAGCAUUUGUUCCCCAGGCAAUUGUGCUUGAAGUCUCUAAAAUCACUGGAUGAACUGGUCAUGUUUGCAGCAAGCUAAAUUUUGUUAUAUUCACAACAACAUAGGGAAAAGUAUUAGUUACCAGUUCCUCUAAGCUCACUUGUGAUUUACUUGGUAUUUUUAGUUUUUUUUUUCUCCUUGCUGUGAGACCACAGCAAGAAAAAACAGAAACCAACGCUAGAAAGCUGUUCUAUUGUGUAAACCCUUUUCAAUUCUGGCUGUAGAUAUUUAGACAGACCAAAAUAUAGCUAUAGAAAUGCAGCACAAGUCCAGUUUCAUCCUACCUGGCAGUUUGGUUCAUCUGACCUGCAGUCAGGCAGAAACUUGUGGCUGUAGUGUGCCAGGUCACUUUCACGCAGAUUUUUGUAUGCCAAUACAUGUAAGGGGUACAAAGACUUUUUUUGUAGCUGACCUGGGGCAUAGCUGUCCAACUGAGCAAAUAAACUGUAGUGUAUAGCAUGAAGAACAUAACAGCAGUUACAUAACUCACUUCCUGUAUGGAAAAACUGCGGCUGGCAUGAAGUAAAAGAGUUAGGGUACGUUCACACACACAGGAUCUGGAGCUGAUUUUGCAACCCAAUGAAGUUAGGGGGUAGCAAAAUCAGCCACGCAAAAUAUACAGCAGAUCGGGUACGUGUGAACAAUCUCUUAGUGUAGAUCAGUGCGGUUUAAACUUUCUAAAUUAUGAUUCAUUAACUGCUGCAGACAUUCUAUCAUUUGUUCACCCCCUGCAGUACUAUUUUUCUUUGCACUAUUACAGAGAAGCACCCAUUAAGUGUAAAUAAUAAUGUUUUCCAACCUCAUCAAAUCUAUUAGCUCUAUUGCGAUA